AUUAUUUAGGCUACCUCUUUGGACUGCUGCGUAAAAAUACACGCUAUGUGACAACAAUGAAAGAAAAACAGUCUUUCCAAACAGGAAGUAGGCUAGUUCAGAAACCCUUUCCAACCAAUUGCAUAGUCAAAGCUGGAAAAAAAGUCAAACGGAUGCCACAGGAUAAGUGCGAACUCAAUGACAGUUCCGUGACAGCGCUUCACUUGCAAUUAAUGGGCAAUAGACGGGACUGCGGGCAAUGCGACAAGGAUCCUGCAAGGGAUUAUGCGAAUUCUUAGAUGGAGAUGCCCAGACACUUUGCCUUGCUGCUGAUCAUACUGGAGUGGAUUCGGCCUGGCCUGCCCUCCCCGUUGCGGCCCAUCUGUGACCUGCGUGUUCUGAACCACUUUGUUGAAGAGGCGCGGGAUGCUGAGGCCGCUAUGAGGUUUUGUAAAGAGGAAUGCAGUAUUGCAGUACCUCUCACAGUUCCUCUGUCCAGAGUGGAUUUUGAUGUGUGGGAAAAGAAAAAUACAGAGGAGCAGGCUCAAGAAGUCCAGACAGGUCUAUGGCUGUUGAACACAGCCAUGAGCUCAUUCGGUGCGUCCAUCACCAACUCUGCACUCCACUCCCACAUAGAUGCCAGCGUCAGAAACAUCGCCAGCCUCAAGCAGGUGCUGCGCAGCCUCAGUAUACAGGACUAUGUGCCUACAGUUGGUGGGACAGGGGAGACAUGGACAGUGUCUUCAGCCUCAGAGCUCUUCCAGGUCCAUAUCAACUUCCUUCGUGGGAAAGUGCACCUUUUGCUCGCCAAUGCACCUGUCUGCCAGCAGAAUAAUAGAUGAUUGCCACAUGGAAAGGACAAAAGCCUCAACUGAUUGGAGCAGACCAUAACAGAAGGCGGGACAUUAGUACUACACUGUCAAGGGCAUCGUGCUCGCCUGCAUGGAGCACUUUCUCACCAUCAAUGAAGAAUGGAACAUUUUUCUUCACAAACUGGCCUUAGGAUGUAGUUCUCUUCACCGCUGCCCUGACCAAAUGCUGCACACUUUUCUGUAUGUGAUGCAGCCUGUCACUCCUUCCUCCCCAUUUGACUGACAUUUGUUAUAUCACAAAUGCAUUUGCAUCAACCCUAAUCAGAUACCACUUUUAAUAAUUUUUUACAACGUAUUUGUGUUAAAUUUAUGUUGCUUAAUAUUUAUAUCAAUUUCUACUAGCUGGAUUAUGGGUUAUGCUAUAAUUUUGGAGUAUGAGGAAGCUGUCUGCUUUCUGUCUUAGCCUUUAACACCUCUAAAAAAAUUGACCUGCUGCUUUUAAGUCAUAUUUAUCAUCCUCAGUAAUGCACUGAUUUUAUAUAGAUUGUAUUGUGUGUGUGAAUGAGAUUAAGUGUUUUGGAGAAUGUGUGUGAGUGUGUGUGUGUGUGUGAGAGAGUGGGUGAUUAUGAGUAUUUUGAGUGUACAUGUGUGUGUGUGUGUGUGUGUGUGUGUGUGAAGGAAUGAGAGAGAGAUGGGGAUAUCAGUGGACAGACUGUUUACAGGUCACUUCUGGUGAGAGGAAGAGACCAAAUAGUUAUGCUUUUGUGGGGGGAACUGGGGGGUUAUGUGAGGGCUGAUGAGACUGUGUGUUGAUUAUAAGUGUCUGCGCUGGAUUCACGUGCAAACGCACAGCACCGCACAGAGACUGGCCAGGAAAAAUAUUGCGUCACUGCCAGGAAAAAUAUUGAUUGGUUUGCACGAAGAACAUCCUGCCUGACUCCUGCUCUGUUCACAGUCUGGUGUAAUGGCCUGGGAAACUUUUGGGUAGUUGACGUUUGUCUAAUGUUCUUUGUGUUCCAGGCACGGAUUGGUCAUUCUUGUUUUUCAUCUCUGUCUUUUUUUUUUAACAAUGUUUUCGCCAUGGGGUUCGUUUUUGACGUUUGUGAAUCAGUGUGCGAAUGUAAAGAAGGAAGUUUGUAGUACUACUUUCCUGUUUGUUACUGUUGUUUGCUUCUUUUAAUACUUGUCCUAUUUGGUUAAUAAAAUGCAAAAUAUAGUUGAAGGAAAUCAAGGAAACAA